AAAUUAAUUAAUUUCGUCUUUUGAAUCAUAGAUGUCGCCGCGAUUAAAUCGAACGAGAAAAUGGCGUCGUGUUGAUAUAACGCGUCACAAUUUUUCGCGUUUUAACCUAAAAAAAAUCUUUAAGAAUGUCCGAUUCCGAGGCGAGUAACUUUUCGGAUGCCGAAUCCGACCAAGGCUCGAAUAAAUCGUCGCGGGGGAGCGCAAGGAGCCGUUCGAGGAGCGGAUCCCGCUCGCGCUCCGCAUCGGAAGCCCGAGAAGGAAGCGGCCACGAAGACGUCGAGGACGAACAAGAACCCGAUGGAGAUUCGUUAAGGUCCGACGAUUACGAUAGCGAAGAAGAUGAUAGUGACGAGGAUCACGCGAGGAAGCGUAAGAAAAAAGAUCGGAUUCACGAUUUUAUUAUCGAUGAGGCGGAGGUUGAUGAUGAGGUGGAGGAUGAGGACGAUUGGGAAGAUGGGGCCCAAGAAAUUGGGAUUGUUUCGAACGAAGUCGAUGAAUUGGGGCCCACCGCUAGGGAUAUCGAAGGAAGGAGGAGGGUUACUAAUUUGUGGGAUGUACAAAAAGAGCAUGAAAUUGAGGAAUAUUUACGAAAAAAAUACGCGGAUGAUGGCCCGGCCGCGCGGCAUUUCGGAGAUGGGGGCGAAGAAAUGUCGGAUGAGAUAACCCAACAAACUUUAUUACCCGGAGUGAAAGACCCAAACUUAUGGAUGGUAAAAUGUCGAAUUGGCGAAGAAAAAUCCACCGUUUUAUUAUUGAUGCGAAAAUUCCUCGCAUUCCAAAACACCAACGAACCCCUCCAAAUCAAAUCAGUGGUAGCCCCCGAAGGUGUAAAAGGUUACAUUUACAUCGAAGCUUACAAACAGCCCCACGUAAAAGCGGCAAUCGAAAACGUCGGAAACUUACGAAUGGGAAUUUGGAAACAACACAUGGUUCCAAUCAAAGAAAUGACCGACGUUUUGCGCGUCGUUAAAGAACAAACGGGAUUAAAAUCGAAACAAUGGGUGCGAUUAAAACGGGGCCUCUACAAAGACGAUAUCGCUCAAGUCGAUUAUUUCGAUAUGGCCCAAAAUCAAGUUCAUUUAAAGUUAUUACCUAGGAUUGAUUAUACGCGAUUAAGAGGCGCUUUAAAAACGACCCAUUCGGAGAAUGAGGCUGAAAAGAGGAAAAAAAAGCGUCGCCCCACUUCGAAACCUUUCGAUCCGGAAGCGAUUCGAGCUAUAGGAGGUGAAGUAACGUCGGAUGGUGAUUUUUUGAUUUUUGAAGGAAAUCGGUAUUCAAGGAAAGGAUUUUUGUAUAAAAAUUUUACUUUAAGCGCUGUAAUAAUAGAUGGGGUUAAACCGACUUUGGCGGAGUUAGAACGAUUCGAAGAACAACCCGAAGGAAUCGACUUGGAAUUGUCGACGGAAAAAGAUGAGAAAACUGUGACUCAUUCUUUUAGCGCUGGAGAUAACGUUGAAGUCUCUGAAGGGGAAUUAAUCAAUUUGCAGGGGAAAAUUAUCUCGAUUGAUGGCACCAUGAUUACGGUUAUGCCGCGACAUAACGAUUUAAAAGAUCCUUUGGUGUUCCAAGCGAGCGAGUUGAGGAAAUAUUUUAAGAUGGGCGAUCACGUUAAAGUGUUGGCUGGGAGAUACGAGGGAGACACCGGGUUGAUUGUGCGAGUUGAGAAUAAUCGGGUUGUGCUUAUUUCUGAUUUAACAAUGCAUGAGAUGGAAAUUUUACCCAAAGAUUUGCAAUUAUGCACGGAUAUGGCGAGUGGAGUCGAUAGCUUGGGGAAAUUCGAAUGGGGGGAUUUGGUUAAUUUGGAUUCUGAGACUGUUGGGGUUAUUGUAAGAUUGGAACGAGAGAAUUUCCAUGUUUUGAAUAUGCACGGAAAAAUCGUUGAAUGUCGCCCCUCAUCGCUUCAAAAGCGCCGUUUAAGCAGAUUUACCGCCGCCCUCGACUCCUACCGUAACAACCUCCACCGUAAAGACAUGGUAAAAGUAAUCGACGGCCCCCACUCUGGAUUCUCAGGCGAAAUUAAGCACCUUUACCGAAAUUUCGCCUUCCUCUACUCAGUCGAGUUCUUACAAAACGGCGGAAUCUUCGUUUGCAAAACAAAACAUCUCCAAUUAGCCGGAGGAAGUAAAAGUUUACCCCUCUCCGAUAUGUCCGGGGGGAUGGAAUUUAUGUCCCCACGUCGUAGUUCCCCGAUGCAUCCUUCAAGUGGAGUUGGAGGAGGCGGUGGGGGAGGAGGAGGAGGAGGUGGAGGUGGGUUCGGGGGUCACCGUGGAGGUGGAGGAGGCGGGCGAGGAAGAGUAACCCGCGAUCGCGAUUUAAUAGGAACAACAAUCAAAAUAAUUAAAGGCCCUUACAAAGGAAACAUUGGAAUCGUUAAAGACGCGACUCAUAACACAGCGAGAAUCGAGCUACACACGGCGUGUCAAACAAUUUCGGUCGAUAAGAAACACAUCGCGGAUGUUGUCCAAACUAGCCGUGAUGGGAGCGCUUCGAGUUAUGCGAGAACUCCAGCUUAUGGAGGGAAUCAAACUCCACUUUAUCGCGAUACCGGGAAUAAGACUCCAAUGUGCGAUUCGGGAUCGAGGACUCCAUUACAUUAUGGGUCUAUGACCCCGAUGCAUGAUGGAUCAAGAACUCCUAAUGCCUCAUCAGAGUGGGAUCCAACAGUUUCUAAUUCGUAUCCAUCUCCGGGGUAUAAUCCAAGCACUCCAGGGUACCAAAUGAAUGGGCCUUUUACCCCACAAACUCCAGGUACUAUGUAUGAUACUGGAUUUAGUCCAUUUCAACCAAGCCCGGGGUAUCAAAGUGUUGUUUCAACUCCAAGUCCCGCUACGGGUUAUGAACAAUCCCCGGGAAGUAGCCACCCAUACAACACUCCAAGUUCUAGUUAUAGCCCUAACAUGCCGUAUCACCCCCAAACCCCCGGUUCAAACAUCGACUCACUUCCUUUAGUUGAUUGGCACACGGUUGAUAUUGAAGUGCACAUCCGAGACACCCACGAAGACCAAGGCCUCGCGGGGCAAACCGGGGUUAUCCGCAGCAUAAACGGCGCGAUGUGCUCGGUUUUCUUACCGGAGGAGGAUCGCGUCGUUAAUAUAUUGAGCGAUCAUUUAGAACCGGUUCGGCCGCAACGCGGCGAUUUCUUCAAGGUUAUCGUUGGUGAAGAGCGCGAAGCCACCGGGGAGUUAUUAUCGAUUGAUCAACAAGAAGGGGUUGUUAAAAUUAAAACGGAUAUUAAGAUGCUUCCGUUGCAUAAGUUGUGUAAAAUGAGGAAACCCGAACAUUAAUUGUAUGUUUUAAUUUUUGAUGUUAAUAAAGAGUUAGAAGAGGAGAAUAAGAAAA